AUGGUAAAGACAACUCCAUUGAAGACUUGCAUUGUAUUUUUGGUUCUAAAAUUAACUUGGAAGCCUGUUCUUGACAAAAUCAAAUCAAGGCUUUCAGGGUGGAAGAGACAAUUGUUAUCCUUUGCAGCUCAUCAUCUAAGCUAUGAAAGUGCAAACUGUCAAGUUUGGGUUAGUGCAUCUACAGGCUCUGGUGAUUUUUCUGUGUCUCAUGUUUGCAUUCAUUAUGCUUCUGGUUACAUUCACCAUGCUACUAUCAAAGAUUUGACGUUUGACACAAAAUACUUCUAUGAAGUUGCGUCUAAUGAAGUUACCCGUCAGUUCUCCUUCACAACUCCUCCCAAGCCAGGACCUGACGUUUCUUACACCUUUGGUGUCAUAGGUGACUUGGGACAAACUGCAGAUUCCAAUCGAACUCUAGAGCAUUAUAUGUCGAACCCAAUAAAAGGCCAAGCUGUGCUAUUUGCUGGUGAUCUUUCAUAUGCUGAUGAUCACCCUAACCAUGACAAUACCAAGUGGGAUACAUUUGGUCGUUUCAUUGAGAAGAGCGUUGCGUACCAACCCUGGAUUUGGAGUGCAGGCAAUCAUGAAAUUGACUUAGCUUCUAAUUUGGAAGAAACCGAUCCUUUCAAGCCAUAUUUGCACCGCUAUUGCUCACGAAUUGUACCAGAAAUUCCAAGUAAGAUGGCAGUAUCUGACUAG